AUGAGAGGUUACGGUGGCGGUUAUAGCAGCUAUGGUAGAAGCAGUUAUGGAGGCAGCUACGGCAGUAGUAGAUACGGCAGUAGUAGAUACGGCAGUGGUAGAUACGGCAGUAGUAGUUACGGCAGUAGUAGAUACGGUGGAAGUGGUAGUUAUGAUGGGAGAUCAUCAUCUAAUAGAUACUCAGGAUAUUACACUUCACCUACAUCAAAACAACAACAACCACAAUCCAAUAAGGGUAAUUAUUCAUCACAGACACUGAAUCAAAAACCUAAAAACUCUUAUGGGAAGAGCAAUGGUCAACAGUAUAAACAACCCCAACCAUAUCAGAAUUACCCUCAAAAUCAAUAUAAUCAAGGGUCUUCUAACGACAAUUCAAAAUAUAACAAUGGUUCUAAACAGAAUUACUCCAAUUCAAACUCAAGAUACAGAUACAAGAAUCAAACAGUCAAGAACAAAACUAUUAAUCAAAAUACCAAUGUUAAUCAACAACAACAACAACACCGAGGAAGAUUUGGCCGAUUUGGUGGUGGCUUUGGUAGAAUGAUGAGAUGGCCGUUGAUGUUUAUGAUGUUUGAUCGGUUUAGAAGACCAAGACAUGAGCCUGUGCCUAUGCAACAGCCACAACCGCAACACCCUCCAGUUAUAAAUGUAUACAAUCCACCUCACGAUCAACAAACUCGUGACAAUGCGAAUCAAGAAACUGGCGAUACAGGCUAUAAUUCUCAAGUACAUAAUGAAACUGGUGCAUUCAACAGAGGAAUUGACGAGCCACAUGAUGACAAACCUUUAUCUCGUGAAGCAGAUUUGACACCAAGCUCUCCCUUGGCUCCACCACUCGAUGCAAAUAAAAAUGAUUCUCGGUUGAUUAAAGAUACAACAACAACAACCAGGGUGAAAGUCACACGAACCAAAAGUGAACCGAAUAGAUUGCGAGAAUUAUCACAUACUCCAACAAUUGAACCGGUCAGUAGUAACGCAUCAAGUGCUCGAUUGGGUGGUGAAGGUGGUGGCGGUGGAGACAAUAAUUUGGAUAUUCAUGAACUUCGUGGGUAUCAUACUAAUGAAAUCCCCAAUUUACAAACGAGAACAAGAAGUAGUAACAAAGAUUUGCUGAGAGGGUUAUCUAAUCAAACUAUUGGAUUACAAAGUAUUCUUCGACAAUUUCCUUCACAGGAAGUAUAA